AUGGCGGGAUCCAGGCAAAGGGGUCCUCCGGCCAGAGUUCGGCCACUUUUCUGCGCCCUGCUACUGUCGCUUAGUCACUUCGUCCGGGGUGACGGCGUGGGAGGCCACCCCGGGUCCGCCGGUGCCGCGGGCACCCCAGCCACGCUGCCACAUCGCCGUUUCGAAUACAAAUACAGCUUCAAGGGGCCGCACCUGGUGCAGAGCGACGGGACCGUGCCUUUCUGGGCCCACGCGGGGAAUGCCAUUCCAAGUUCAGAUCAAAUUCGAAUAGCACCAUCCUUAAAAAGCCAAAGAGGGUCAGUGUGGACAAAGACAAAAGCAGCCUUUGAGAACUGGGAAAUUGAGGUGACAUUUCGAGUUACUGGAAGAGGUCGAAUUGGAGCUGAUGGCCUGGCAAUUUGGUAUACAGAAAAUCAAGGCUUGGAGGGUCCUGUAUUUGGAUCAGCUGAUAUGUGGAAUGGUGUUGGAAUAUUCUUCGAUUCUUUUGACAAUGAUGGAAAGAAAAAUAAUCCUGCUAUAGUAAUUGUAGGCAACAAUGGACAAAUCCAUUAUGACCAUCAAAAUGAUGGUGCUAAUCAAGCUUUAGCAACUUGCCAGAGGGAUUUUCGUAAUAAACCUUAUCCUGUCCGGGCAAAGAUUAUAUAUUACCAGAAAACAUUGACAGUAAUGAUCAAUAAUGGCUUCACACCAGAUAAAAAUGAUUAUGAAUUUUGUGCCAAAGUGGAAAAUAUGAUUAUCCCUGCACAAGGACAUUUUGGAAUAUCGGCUGCAACUGGAGGUCUUGCAGAUGACCAUGAUGUCCUUUCUUUUCUGACUUUCCAGUUGACUGAGCCUGGGAAAGAGCCACCUACACCAGAUAAAGAAAUUUCAGAAAAAGAAAAAGAAAAAUAUCAGGAGGAAUUUGAGCACUUUCAACAAGAACUGGAUAAAAAAAAAGAGGAAUUUCAGAAAGGCCACCCUGACCUUCAAGGGCAACCUGCAGAUGAAAUAUUUGAGAGUGUAGGAGAUCGUGAGCUGAGACAAGUCUUUGAAGGACAGAAUCGUAUUCAUCUUGAAAUCAAGCAGCUAAACCGACAGUUAGAUAUGAUUCUUGAUGAACAGAGAAAAUAUGUCUCUUCCUUGACAGAAGAGAUCUCUAAAAGAGGAGCAGGAAUCCCAGGGCAUCAUGGACAGAUCUCUCAGCAAGAACUGGAUACCAUUGUGAACACUCAGCAUGAGGUUCUGAGACACGUAAAUGAAAUGAAGAAUUCCAUGAGUGACACCGUCAGGCUAGUCAGCAGCAUCCAGCAUCCUGGGUCUGCAGGGGGCGUGUAUGAGGCCACCCAGCACUUCAAUGACAUCAAAGAGCACCUUCACGUAGUAAAGCGGGACAUAGAGUCCCUAGUGCUGCGGAACGCGCCAUCAAAUGAAAGACCAAAAUGCCCAGAACUACCACCAUUUCCAUCAUGUUUAUCUACGGUUCACUUCGUUAUAUUCGUAGUGAUACAAACGGUGCUAUUCAUUGGUUAUAUCAUGUAUAGGACUCAGCAAGAAGCAGCUGCCAAAAAAUUCUUUUGACCACCAUUUUCAUAUGUGUACAUCAUAUCAUGGUCAAGCCAUGAAAACUGCCAUCUUCAUGUCUGCCUGCUAAAGCUUUUUGCGUUCCUG